AUGGCCACUACCCAGUUUCUACGGACCUACCAGGCGGCGUCGGACUCGGAGCCCAGCGACUACGAGGAGGCGGCGGAGAAGGAGGAGGAGGAGGAGGCGCGCAAGGUGAAGAGCGGCAUCCGGCAGCUGCGGCUCUUCGGCCCCGAGGAGUGCGCCAAGAUCGAGGCGCGCAUCGAGGACGUGGUGUCGCGGGCCGAGAAGGGGCUGUACAAGGAGCACACGGUGGACCGGGCCCCCCUGCGCAACAAGUACUUCUUCGGCGAGGGCUACACCUACGGGGCGCAGCUGCAGCGCCGCGGCCCCGGGCAGGAGCGGCUGUACCCGCGGGGCGAGGUGGACGCCAUCCCCGAGUGGGUGCACGACCUGGUGAUCCGCCGGCUGGUGGAGCACCGGGUCAUCCCCGAGGGCUUUGUGAACAGCGCCGUGAUCAACGACUACCAGCCCGGCGGCUGCAUCGUCUCGCACGUGGACCCCAUCCACAUCUUCGAGAGGCCCAUCGUCUCCGUGUCUUUCUUCAGCGACUCCGCGCUCUGCUUUGGGUGUAAGUUCCAGUUCAAGCCCAUCCGGGUCUCUGAACCCGUCUUGUUCCUGCCUGUGAGGAGAGGGAGUGUCACUGUGCUCAGUGGAUACGCGGCUGAUGAAAUUACACACUGCAUUCGACCACAAGACAUCAAGGAGAGGAGGGCCGUUAUCAUCCUUAGAAAAACAAGACUAGAUGCUCCUCGAUUGGAAACAAAAUCGCUGAGUAGCUCUGUGUUGACAGCAGGUUACACCUCUGACCGACUGUCAGGAAGCAACAGGGACCAGAUCCUGAAACCAAAGCGGUCCCAUCGGAAAGCAGAUCCUGAUGCUGCUCACCGGCCCCGGAUUUUAGAAAUGGAUAAAGAAGAGAACAGGCGCUCGGUCCUCUUACCAAAACACAGGAGACGAAGCAACUUCAGCUCAGAGAACUAUUGGCGAAGGUCUUACGAGUACACAGAGGACUAUGACGAGGAGGAGGAGGAUGGAAGUCCAGCCAGGAAGCUGACGAGUCCUUGGAAAGGAUCUGGCUGGCUGCGUUAUGAAUGGAGUAAAACUGAGGCACGCGUAGCACUGGGACGUGUCUGGUGCCACCCACGGUUUCCUGAGUAGUGGGUCAAACACAGCUGCUUUCCCUCCCGAAGCAGUGAAUGUCAGAGCUGGGCCGGGCUGGCUGUUGGCAUUUUUUAUUUUCCCCCAAACACCAAAAAAGUGAGAGGUUUCCUUUCUGGAAAGUCACAAAAUGUUGGGUUUCUUUUUCCUUUUGCUUUAAUUUGUGUUUUUGUUUCUUUUCACAUGUUCUAAAUCUGCUGUUUGACCCCAAGAAUUGAAACUCUGUCGUGGCCUCCUACUCCAUGCUACACCAAAGGGCUCCUCGGUCUGCUAUUAUAUAGUGAGGGUUUUUUUCUUUUUUUCCUUUUUGUUAAGGGUGCCCUGCAGUAACUGGAAAUUCACAGCUUUGCAGACACCUCUCACUGCAUCCGGUUACAAAGCGUUUAGGACAUUUGUUGCACUUUAGUAACAGUUUUUAAAUGCCAUAUACUCCCCUUCCAGCCCCUAUCCUCCAGCUCGCUUGGCCUUGCCGGCAUCCUGUCUUCUGCGCUGCUAACUAAAAGGUAUGUUUUCUCUGUGAAGAGCAGCCAUAAACUCGUGCCCACAGAAAGGCUGGUUCUGAGGGCUCAUCACAGAGAGAAGAGAGCCUUUAGGAACUGAAGUAAUUGUCUGCUAGACCUUUGUCUGUAACUGCAUAUGUGCAGGUUUCCUUUCCAGAGGUGUGUUGUUUGGAUCCUAAACGUAGUGUCCUACUUGGCUUUGAGGCCUGUCGUGCCAGGGUACUGGGAUCUGUAUCGGAGCCCCUGGGACUUUGAGUAUGAAGAUGACACGUGUGUAUGUGCGUGUGUGUGUUGGGUACAUGCUUUCCCCUUUUCCAAGCGAGAGACUAGCCAGAACGAUCUGUAGGGGUAACGUUGCACUGUGAGGGGGCCUGACCGGGGAGCAUGGUAGGAUGUGCUCGCUCUGUGCAGGCAGGAGCUUGCCCUCCCGGGUCCUCACCCACUCGAUCCAAGACGGCGUUCUCUCCCGAGUGCCUCGUUUGAGGGGACACCCCAGAGCUUUGCAACAGCCCGAGGAAUCUGCUGGACUUCACCGCAGAGGUGUACUCCAUGAUAUUGCCCCAGUAAAGCUAGCAGUCCUGUUUUUGCUUCGGUGUUUGCAGUUGGCUUGGUGGGGGAAGGUCGGGGGUCUCUAAACCUGCUUAGUUCUGCCGCUCGGCUUUCCCCAGCAAACACGGGAACUGCUGGACGAUGCCUGUAUUCUGCUCAUUCGAAUGUCAGCAUGAAUUCCUGGUGCAGAAAGCUCUGUGGCUUGAAAAACAUUACUGAAGAGAUCAUCUUUGUGGCACGCGGGAGUUGAGGUUAGAAUAUCAGAAGUCCCUCCAUGCAUCCUGCUUGUCUUUGCACCCACAUGGCUGCAUUAUCCUGGCGUAGAGCCUCCUUGUAAUAACACAUUUAGAAACCUGACUUUAACAAACAGGGGGUGGAAAGAAACCCUCUCUGAAUUCAGUAUCUUGAAGCCAGGUAUCAACAGCUGCAAGGAGUGGUCUUUUUUUAAGUUGUCUUAAAAACUCUUUAAAAAUUGCAGCUCUCUUUGGUUGUGUGUUCAGUGCUCUCUUCUGCUCCGCGCACUUCGCGGGAAAAGGAUUGAACACAUUUUGAGUACAGCCUGAUGCUCUCAUUGAGGGGUUUUCAGCCCACCAGGCCUUGUUCCUUCAUGUGCUGUUAGAAAUCUAGCAUGCUUGCCCGCCUCUUAGUUUCUAUGCAUGCCUUUUUCUUCUCCUGGCCCCUAGUGAUGGUCCUGUUGCAAACAUAACUUCAGGAGAACUUUUAUCCGCAUGAGACUUGAGCCCUUUGGGGGUUGUCUGUCAUCCUUCAACCUGGUGUUUGGAUUACAUUUCUGCCGCAGACCUCCAACUCGCUUUCCUCAAAGAUGAGAGGAGCCCGUUGCUUGGCCAUCAAGAGAGCCCCACCGCUUCUGCCCUGUCAUGGAAGUUCAUACUUCUGGUUGCCUUCAGGAUGUCAACUGCAUUUGAAAAUUGAGGCUUGUCUUUAAAGCUGGCAUUUCUCUGCCCUUUCGCUUGUUGGCUUUGUCAGCAGGCCAACUCCAAGCCAUCCUCACACUCAGCAGGGGAGUGCUUUCUUUGGGGACAUUGGGUUUUUCUGAGUGUUUGAAACCAGGCCGUAUACUGGAUCCGUAGCGUUACCAUUUAUGGCAGACACCCUAAACAUCAGCCCCUCUACAAGAUGGUGGCUGGUCGUGGGAGGCUUAAGAGUGCCUGUUUUUUAUGAACUAGGCGGUUUUUGGAUUUGCAUUUUAAAAGCCCCAUCCACUUCUAAGGGGCUGUGCUGAGCCCCUCUUGCUAUACAAUAGCUCAGUGUUUCUGCUUAAACAUAGUUCUGGCUGGAUGAAUAGAAACCGUAGUAAUCUGUGCUUCUCUUUCCUCCUGUUACAUGCAGUGGAUCCUUCUACCCAUGCUGCUUCAAGCCUGCCCCUGCAGUCUGGCUCUCCAUCUUCAAAUGAAGUUGGUUUCGGUUUUGCCUCGGAGGUGACAAUUUGGUAAUACUCACUGAUGGGGCCACUAAUAGAGCACGGUUUGCCGUGUUACCUAGAGUGGAAUGAGGUAUUGGAUUUUUCUCGGGAAAGGAGCGGUAGGCCUACUAAUGUCUCAUGCGUCAAGGUCUUUCCUCUAGCAAGGUAUAACAACAUCUCGUUCCAUCCCCAUGAAUGCAGCAGGUACAUUCAUUGGGUUUAUUUUGUAUUCCUCCGUGCAACCUUAUUUCUGCUUCUCCAUCUUCACGCUUCAUUUAGUUCUACAGCUUUUGAGCGAGCAGCAGUGCCCCUUGGGGUUAGCCUCAAAUCUCUGUUUUUUUUCUUUGGUUGCAACAUUGAUGUGUCGGCCAAAUCGGGGCAUGACUAGUUUUGACUCCUGAUGCUGUCUGUGGGCUGAAGUCGCCCCGUGUGUCUGCAGGCCAUCCUCCCCAGGUAGACAGAUAUUUUAUACAGACCCACGUAUGUAAAUGUAUAGAUGCACAUUCUUAAAUCUUUUGUACUGAUCCACAUCCAAAAGAAACCUUCGUUCGGACACUGAGCUUGGUGUGAAGACAUAGAUUCUCAGUGUCAAAUGACAGGAGACUCCCUAAUAUGACAACAGCUCAGGAAAUUCAUCCCACCCACAUCUUGCUUUGGUAGUUGUAUGUCUGCUCUGUGAGGCCACUUGCAAGUUCCAGGUCAAACUUUCAGGGCACUGCCCUGAUAUGGAAAACUUCCAGAACCCAAGCAAUUCGCUUUUAAUUAGGGAUCACCCAUGCUCCAGCUGCCUGCCUGCUCCAAGUGGUAAAAAGCUGGAAGUGGGGUUGUGACCACCUGUGCAACGUGAAAGAGAGCUGGUGACUUAGCAAAGCCUCAGUCACAGGCUUGACCCACUUGGUUUUAAUCGUCUUUCCUGAGAGCGCACCAUAAUGCAGCCAGGAUUGCCCUCUAACCCAGAAGCGUGUAGUACGUGUGACCUGUCCAGCAGCCGGCACCCUAAAUCAAAGGCACUGUCAAAUUACCAAAAAAAAAAAAAAAUCCCAAAGGCCACGGCAGUAUUUUUCUUCACUAAGGAAGGGAGAUGCUUUCUGCUUCUUUGCAGAUAAACAAUGGGUGGGAAUUUCAUACUUCUGCUGUUAUCCUUGGGUUGCAUGUAGGUGAAAGGAGUCUAAAAAACCCUGUUGCAUGAGCCUGGUGAGUCCAGAAAAAAGCGGCUGUUGGCCGGUCCCUGAGAAGGAGAGUGGUGUUAUAGGGAUGCUUUUUUGAGACUCCUUCUAAGGUCGUCUUUGCUUUGAUGGUGCCAGAUGCUCGGAGAGCACUUUGUAUUAACAGGAUCUAGGCGAGUGAGACGUAUCCGCAGCAAGGUCAUAGCUGCCACAUCUGACUUUUCCCACCUGCGAAGUUCUAGUCCAGCCGGUGCAAGUCACUGAGUCACGAGAUGCAUGAGCUGUAAUCCAAAGGCUUGGUUCAUCUUUGAAGGUUGGGCUGCCUAACCAGCUUUUGAAGGUUGACCUAUAUUUUGGCAAGCAAUGCACACGCCUCUGAGUUCCCCGUGCCAGGAGCUUCUGCUGGGACACAGGGUGACAGACACAUGCACAGGCACAAGCUGACUAUUUUUUUUUCUUUCCAUUUUUGGUUUUGAAUCUCAUACAAAGCAU